AUGCUCAGGACCUCGGGGCUGGCCCUGCUGGCUCUGGUCUGUGCUGUGGGCUCAAGCCAGGCCAGCGGCUUCACAGAAAAAGGCCUCUCCCUGUUGGGCUACCAGCUGUGCAGCUACCGUGUGACCCACACUGUGCAGAAGGUGGAGGCUGUGCAGACGUCCUACACGACCUAUGCGUCCUGCGGUGGCUGGAUCCCCUGGAGGUGGUGCCCCAAGACUGUUUACCAGACCCAGUACCUGGUAGUGGAGGUUCCCGAGUCCAGGAAUGUGACCGACUGCUGUAAGGGCUACGAGCAGCUCGGCCUCUACUGUGUCUUGCCUCUGAAUCAGUCCAGAGAGUUCACAUCAAGACCCGGGGUCUGCCCUGCAGAGGGGCCUGAACCAUCCACCUCCCCCUGCAGCUUGGACACCGACUGUCCUGGACUUCAGAAGUGCUGCCCCUGGUCAGGGGGGCGCUGCUGCAUGGCCCCUGCACCCCAAGCUCCAGAGAGGGGCCCCGUGGGCUCCUGGUACAACGUCACCAUACUGGUGAAAAUGGACUUCAAGGAACUCCAGCAAGUGGACCCCAGGCUUCUGAACCACAUGCGCCUUCUGCAUUCCUUGGUCACCAGCGCCCUACAACCAAUGGCCUCCACCAUCCACCACCUGCACUCGGCCCCUGGGGACGCCUCCACCACGGUGUCAUGGCUGCUGCUGGGCCUGCUGCAGCCACUGCCUGUGGCCGACGUCUCUGCCCUGCUGGGUGACAUUGCGAAGCGUGUCUAUGAAGUGAUCAGCGUCCAGGUGCAAGAUGUCAAUGAGUGUUUCUACGAGGAGCUCAACGCCUGUUCUGGAAGGGAAAUGUGCGCAAACCUGGAGGGCUCGUACCAGUGCAUCUGUCACCAGGGAGCUCCAGCCACGCCUCCGCGGAAGCUCAACCUGGAGUGGGAAGAUUGUCCUCCACUCAGUGACUACGUGGUCCUCAACGUCACCAGUAGCAGUUUUCAAGUAUCCUGGCGUUUAAAUUCUACGCAGAACCACACUUUCCAUGUCUGGGUUUACCAGGGUACGGAGUUGCUCAGGAGCACCAGGACACAGGGCCAGGCACUGGCGGUGGCUGGGCUGGAGGCUGGAGUGCUGUACAGGGUGAAGACCAGCUACCAGGGGUGUGGGGCCGACGUCUCCACCACGCUGACUGUCAAAACCGAUGCCCAGGUAUUUGAAGUCACAAUAAAGAUUGUAAACCACAACCUGACAGAGAGGUUACUCAACCACAGCAGCAUGGAGUUCCAGGACUUUUCUAGACAACUGCUUCACGAGGUCGAGAGCUCCUUCCCGCCGGUGGUAUCUGACUUGUACCGAAAUGGGAGACUGAGAAUGCAGAUAGUGUCUCUCCAGGCGGGAAGCGUGGUCGUGAGGCUCAAGCUCACCGUGCAGGACUCUGGGGUUCCCGUGAGUGUCUCCACGCUGGCCCCCAUGCUCCGGCCCCUGUUGGCAAGCACAGUGUUCCAGAUUGACCGGCAGGGGACACGUGUGCAAGACUGGGACGAGUGUGUGGACAGCGCAGAGCACGAUUGCUCGCCGGCUGCCUGGUGCAUCAACCUGGAGGGCUCCUACACCUGCCAGUGCCGCACCACCAGGGAUGCCACCCCUUCCCGUGCAGGCCGGGCCUGUGAGGGUGACCUGGUGAGCCCCACAGACAAUGGGCUAUCUGCGGCGACAGGGGUAACGGCCCCAGCUCUUGGCAUGGGAACAGCAGUCCUCGGCCUAGAGAACUUGUCACCCAGCCCUGGGCACCCUCAGGGCACCCCGGCAGCAGGCCAGGACUGGGUCCCAGGGCCCCCGUCCAGGAGAGGGGGCAGCAGUGUGGUCGGAUAUGACAGGAACGGCACAGGAAAAGGCGAGGAGCAGGAGGCGCCCAGCACUGCCCUGGGUCUGGGGAUGGACCAGGGGAACCCCAGCGAGGUGAACCCCAGCCAGGGGAGCCUCAGACAGGCGAGCCCCAGCCAGGAGAGCACCAGCCAGGGGAGCCCCAGCCAGGUGAGCCCUGGUCAUAGGAACACUGUUGGGGUGAUAGGCACCACCUCCUCCCUGAAGGCUCCUGGGUCAACCCACAGCUUCCCUCCUGGGGCCACAGAUGGCCCACUGGCCCUCCCUGGACAGCUACUGGGAAACUCCACCAUGGAGCCACCCUCCUGGCCUUCCCCCACUGAGGACCCCACCGGCCACGUCAUUUGGCAUGCCACCGGUUCCACAUGGGAAACACUUCUGAAUCCCACGUGGCUGCAAAAUGAGGACAGUGGACCCUCCGGUUCUGUAGACCUGCCAUCGACCCCCACCCUCACACCUCUGAAGACCCCCGCCUGUGUUCCUGUCUCCAUUGGGAGGAUCAUGGUCUCCAAUGUGACCAGCACAAGCUUCCACCUGGCAUGGGAGGCAGGUCUUGCUUUGGACUCUGCCUUCCAGCUCACUCUGACUUCCGCACGGAGCCCCACCGUGGUCCUAGAGACCUGGAACAUGAAUGUGACACUGUCGGGGCUGGAGCCUGGGGUCUUGCACCUGGUUGAGAUCGUGGCCAAAGCAUGUGGGAAAGAAGGUGCCAGAGCUCAUCUGAAAGUGAGGACAGCGGCCCGGAAGCUCAUUGGAAAGGUCAGAAUCACAAAUGUCAGGUACUCAGAAUCCUUUCGCAACGGAAGCAGCCAGGAGUAUCGAGAUUUCCUAGAACUGUUCUUCAGGACGGUGCGGGGCUCCCUGCCAGCCAUCCUGCAUCAGCACGUGGACGCCGGUGGGGUCAGGAUGGAAGUCGUCGGCGUCACCAAUGGCAGUGUCGUGGUGGAGUUUCACUUGCUGAUAAUCGCAGAUGUGGAUGUCCAGGAGGUGUCAGCUGCAUUCCUCACCGCCUUCCAGACCACGCCUCUGCUGGAGGUGAUCAGAGGCGACACCUUCAUACAGGAUUACGACGAGUGUGAAAGGAAGGAGGACGACUGUGUGCCUGGGACAUCCUGUCGAAACACGCUCGGGUCUUUCACUUGUAGCUGUGAGAGAGGAGCCCCCGAUUUCCCUGUGGAAUAUUCUGGGAGACCCUGCGAAGGUGACUCUCAUGGCAACGAAACCUGGGCCACCAGCCCAGAGAGGCCUCUCACCACAGCAGGGACCAAGGCUGCCUUUGUUCAAGACACCAGCCCCACCCCACAAGGCCUGCCCUGGCGGCUGAACCUGACUGGAGCAGUCAGGGUGCUCUGUGAGAUCGAGAAGGUGGUUGUCGCCAUCCAGAAGCGCUUCCUGCAGCAGGAAUCCAUCCCCGAGUCCUCGCUGUACCUGAGCCACCCCUCCUGCAACGUGAGCCACAGCAAUGGCACACACGUGCUCCUGGAGGCCGGCUGGAGCGAGUGCGGGACCGUCAUGCAGAGCAACGUGACGAACACCGUGGUGAGGACCACGCUGAGGAGCGACCUGUCCCCGGAGGGCAUCAUCCACCACCUGAAGAUCCUGAGCCCCAUCUACUGUGCCUUCCAGAAUGAUCUGCUGACGUCCUCCGGCUUCACCCCGGAGUGGGGGGUUUACACCAUCACUGAGGACCUCCACGGCGCUGGAAAUUUUGUUACUGAAAUGCAGUUGUUCAUUGGGGACUCUCCCAUACCUCAGAAUUAUAGCGUGUCUGCCAGUGACGACGUCAAGAUCGAAGUGGGGCUCUACAGGCAGAAAAGCAACCUCAAGGUGGUCCUGACGGAGUGCUGGGCAACCCCGUCCAGCAACGCCCGGGACCCGGUCACCUUCAGCUUCAUUAACAACAGCUGCCCAUUGCCCAACACAUACACCAACGUGAUUGAGAAUGGCAACUCCAGCAAGGCUCAGUUCAAGCUGAGGAUCUUUUCCUUUAUCAACAACUCCAUUGUCUACCUGCACUGCAAACUCCGCAUCUGCAUGGAAUCCCCCGGGGCCACGUGCAAAAUCAAUUGCAAUAACUUUCGGUUGCUGCAAAAUAGUGAAACCUCUGCCACACACCAGAUGUCCUGGGGACCCCUCGUCAGGUCUGAAGGUGAGCCUCCACGUGCAGAAGCAGGCCUGGACGCGGGUUAUGUGGUCCUCGCUGUGGUGGCCAUCUUUGCGCUGGUAGCGGGGGCAGCCACCCUUCUGAUCGUGCACUACCGGAGAAUGAAUGGGAGAUACAACUUUAAAAUCCAGUCCGACAACUUCAGCUACCAGGGGUUCUACGAAUAGGAGGCGCAGGCUGACAGGAAGGUUGCGGUGAGUCAACCUGCCUCCAGAACCUCGGAGCUUCCCUGGCAGGCUCCCCUGGGAUCCCCAGUGUCUCUCUGCACCUCCACCCAUCCCUCGGUUCUUAACUCUUCAAGCCUUAACAGGGGUCUGCUCUGAUGGAUGUGCUCUGCCAGCGCCUGGGUGAACCCAGAGGGGAUGAUAGCAGCCACCACCUGCCCACAAGAGGCAGGCCAUCCUAUAGGUCCUAGAGGAGCCACAGCCCACAGGCAGAUGAAGGGGCUAUGGGAGACGGGGGCAGUGCUGGGGGUGCUCUGGCUCCACCACCACCCAGGCAACCCCCAUAGCCUGGACCCCCAGACCUGCGACCCUCCACACCAGUCCACCGAACCCUCCCAGGCUUGCUCUUGCUUGGCGUCCAUCACCCCUUUGGCAAAUAUAGAAUAUUUCACAUUCUCA